UACAUUUCCUGCUUCACACUUUAGAUUAAAGCAUCUCGAAGUCCAUUGUAAUGAUGAUCAGCGGAUCCGACACUCUUCCUUUCAUAAGAUUGAGAGCUCAAAGAUGCCUGAGCUAUCUUUUAACCGGCUUCAACUUACUGAUGAGGAAUACUGUGGAUCACACAUCCGGAAGUUUGGUCGGUUCAUUGCUCGUGAGACGAUUCUGGAUGAAGAAUAUUGGAAUUUUUGCCUCCAUGUCUCAAUUCGAAUGGCAGACAGCAGCAUGGUUACGAGCAGAAGCACAUUGGGAGUCAGUCUCUUAUAUGCGGCAUGUAGAUACUUAUAAGAGAAAAUAUGCUGAACAGGAGUUCUAUGCUCUCAAGCGGAGAUGUUUUGGGCAGGAAGGAAAUUCAUUGAAGUGCACUUGUUUUGUUGCUGUCAAGAAGGAAGAGAAGAAUGUUAGAAGAACUGUUCUGAACAGUGUUGUGGGCACUUUGGACCUGAGUAUUCGCCAGUUUGUGCAAGGAGAAGCAUAUCCUGGGGAGGUAAAAAGAGUGUCACCAGUCUUGGUGAGCCAUGACCCCUUUGAUGCACACAAGUAUGCAUACAUUGCAAAUGUUUGUGUUGCAAAGUUUGCCCGACGUCAGGGUAUUGCUACAAACAUGCUGCAUUUGGCUACUGAAGUUGCCACCUUAGCAGGUGCCACUUCUCAACAGGCUACAUACAUUUGUGCCUGCAACUAUCAUUCCUCCCUAUUCUUUGUGUGUCUGUAAUGUGUCAUUUGCCUG